UCUAACGGUUUGAUGUUAUCAUUUAGUUUCUGCAAAAUCAGCGUUAUUGGAGAAAGUUUUUGCAUCACGCUUUAUUCUAUAUUAUAUAUUCUAAAAUAUUUUUUCUAUAUUAGCAUGCGAAAAAUAACUGCUAAUUGUUUUUAUUUGUGUUAGAAAUAGCAUUUAAACUUUUAAGACUAACAUGAGAGACCAAUCUCUUGGUAUUUUAUGCGUUGUGUUUCUUUUGUUUUUUAUUAUUUCUAUCACAGAAUCUCACAUGUGGAAAGUUCCUGAAAAUUUUGAAAUUUCUAAAAGUAAUAUUUCUGAUGAAAGAAAUCUGGGUAUUUAUUCAAGUUACAGUGAAAGAACAAGUUGCGGAUGUAAGAAUGGUGACUGUGAUGACAACGGCAAAGGUUGCGUGUGUUGGCCAGAUUAUGGAAAAGUAUCAGAAAAUGAAUGUCAAGCAUGCAAUUGUGGAAAAGGACAUGGAUGUACUAUAACUACUUCUAGCUGGUUUGGAAACACAAUUACCUGUAUUUGCAAGAAAGGGUUUGUUGUAAAAGAUAAGAAGUGUGUAGAUAUAGACACUGCAUGUGAAUGUGAAAAUGGAUUCUGCGUUGAAGAAGAUGGCAAAGCUGUUUGUAAAUGCAAGCCAAUGUAUGGAUUUGUAUCCAAAACCAAAGAAUGCAUAG